AUUGGCUGACGUCUUGGAACACCAUACUGACUGCAGUCCCUAUUUUGAUCGUGUUACUAGCUGUGGUGUGGUCUAACACAGACUGCUACCAGCUGGGACUCUGCCACUCAAAAAGUCUGCCAUCUAUGUUCAGGUAGUUCACAUUGUUGGACCUCCUGGGUUCGGUAAAUCCACUCUGGCCAUGAAAAUUGGGGAAAUAUUCUUACGGAACUGGGUUAGUGUUCAUUAUGUAGAUGUUAGGCAAGAGCUUGUUAAAGACAUCGAUACCCUUGCUCAAAAAAUUGUAUUGACUAUGGUUGAUCUACGAAGGAACAAGAAACUGAAAACAUUUAUUGAUUUAAAAGAUAAGGUUCACAACCAGUACUCAAACUCAUUGAUAAUACUAGACAACUGUGAUGAGCUUUUUGAAGACACUAAAGAAGAAUUUUGGAAGGCAUUAGAGUCAUUAAUGCUUGCCUCACCCCUAAAACGUGUGCGGUAUAUUCUUACCAGUACACACCAUCAAGCAGCUAAAAUUGGCAACUUUCGACUCCAUGCCAUUUCCAACCUCUCAUCUGAAGCAGCUAUCCAACUGUUGGGUGCAGUAGCUCCUAGUUUAACAGAUGAUCAGAAGUGGCAAAUAGCCAAUCUGACAGGAAAUGUUCCACUAGCACUAGAGGUUAUAGGGGCUAUUUUCAAAUUUCAGAAUGCUCCUUUUUCUGAGAAAGUAAUCCUUAAGUUAAGAGAUAAUCUACCUCGUCCAGCUCAGCUACCUACUUCUUCCAUUGAUCUUGCUUACAGUUAUCUGAAGCCACAACUGAAACUGUUGUGUGUUAAUCUCUCCCAUUUUCCCGGCCGUUUUAAUAAAGAAAGUGCUAGUUUUAUUUUCUCAUUCACUGAAGACAUGCUAGAUGAGUUAGUACAAAGAUCACUGUUGCAAUCUAGUCAUGGUACGCAAAGCUAUUUCUUUCACCAACUACUCCACAAGUUCUUUCAAAGUCAAAAAGUGGAAGGAGCAUCACUUCAGAAACAUUUUGACACUCAAUUCCAAAUCUACUUUACUCGUACUCUUGACAAAAUAAUAACAGAGUAUGUCAAGACUUUUAAACUGACUCAAUUAGAUGAGGAAAAACACAAUAUUAAAUACAUGUUUGCUCUAUUUAAAAGGGCUAAGCAUGUCACGACAACUUACAGUGGAGUAAGAGUGGUAUUGAAAGCACAAGAAAUUAAUAUAAUCCAACUGAAAUUUCUACCAUUAGAACUGCAUGAAAUUUCCUUGCAAAUGCUGGAUGCUCUGGACUUUUACACACAUCGUGAUCAGGCUAAUGUUAAAUCUUUCACACAAACAUACCUGAAGGUAGUGAUGUUUGUUGCUACUACACUUCACAAAAAAGCAGAUACAAUCACAACUUUAGUUUCGAAACAUGAAAAAAUCGAUGAGGGUUAUCAGAGAGGAGUAAUAUCUGCCAAUGAAUUCACAAAGUACUACAAUGUGCUGGCACAGUACUAUUGGGAAAAUGGAGACAAUAUUAAAGCAACUAGCUGCCACACACACAUUCUCUCAACUAUUCAUGGACAGGUAAGGCGUUGCAACCCAAAAUGUGACUAUCUGAGUGUUUCCAUUGCAUACGAAGACAUUGGAGACCAAAUGAAGGCAUUGGAUUUCCGGGAACUUGCAUACCAGUACCAGUUACACUCUUUAGACCAGAGAGAGCAUGCAAAACUAAUUCUUGAUUUGUACAACAACUCUUCUAACAUCGCAAAAGACAAAAACUUUUCGCCUACUGUAAUUGAUGACGUGUACCCUUACCUAAUUACUGCUAACAGAUCUGAUUACUCAGAGGAAAUGUAUUAUGUUGCUAUUGAAUACUUCCGGGCCAACAAUUUGGAAAAACAAGUGGUUCAACUGCAGAUGAGAAUGAUCAACAAUUCAUUUCCAUGCAAGAAAAGACACUGUACUGGAUUAUUGAAAAGGGAAGAGCAUUUUGAUUUGUUUUUGGAAAAAUCUCAGCAUCAAGCUGAUCUAAUGGCUACAUGUGAAUUUAAAUGUGCUGCCCACUAUGCAGGUAUGGCACAGGAGGCCUAUGACAGGAAAUGUUACUUCCUGGCAAUAUGGUCAGGGCUAAAAAGUUGUAAAAUUAUUGAUAAGCUUGGAGAACCCAACGCAGUACUAAAGUUUUUACCAAAAUAUUUAGUGGCACUAAGUUACUAUGAGAUGGGAAAAAACUAUUCUGCAACACAGACUGUAUUAGAAUACGCUGUGAAACACACAGGCAUUGCCAUUAAGUUUGAUUAUUUCUCUUUGGAGUUGAGACUUUUGAGAUCAAAGAUAUGUCGUGUUUUAAUAGCAUUGAAUUGGCCACUUUCUAAUCCACGUUGCUACUUUUAUAUCAUGCUAGAUAUUGCAUACAUGUGUGCUAUUGCACUAACCCACCUUUUAAUGAACGUCAACACACUACUUUAUUAUUUUUUGAGAGCUAUAUUACCACAAAUAUUCUGGUACCUGGAAAAUAUUAAACUUGUGUACCUUUAUGUUAUAGUUAUAGUAUUAGGCCUUUGUUUCUGGGCUUUUUAUAUAGGCUUUGGUGGUUUAUAUGGUUUAUAUUUAUGUUUGUCUUGGUGUUUCCACACACGAUUCCGAAGAUUUCUUAUCCUUUUUAUUUUGCUAAUUCUACUUGUC